AUUAAUGGUCACAAUUUCCAAAUCUGCAAAUGUGGAAAUUCAUGGUUCAGAAAAGGUAAACUUGCUUUGACAAUCUCACAGAUCAUACCUCAUCCAGGACAUUCUCGUAAAACCAGGAGUACAUUACAAUUUCAAAAAUGGGAAAAGAGAAGAAGUCAACCAUCAAAUUUCAGAAAACUAAGUUAAAAGGUGUCUUAAAACGAAGAAAAGAAGUAAAUAAGUUUAAGCGACAAAUUCAGAACAGGCAAUUACGCCGUAAAGGGAAAAAAGUUGAAGACAAUGGUGGAGAUACUAAUGAAGAGAAGGUUGGAGAGACUGAAGAAGUCGCCGAAGAAAAGCCACAAAUCAAUACAGAAGACUACUUUUGCAACUUUGUAAUUGAUACAGACGAAUCCUUAGAAUUAAGCGAUGACGAAGAUGAUAUGGAAGAAGAUGUCGACCCUACAGAAGAAGUAGUUCAAUUAAAAGAAGACAUUCUAACGGGAAAGACGAAAGAAGAGAAAGAGCCGUUGAUCAAGAAAUUUCUAACCAAAUCUGUUCGAUAUCUUCACGAAUUUCCGGAAGACGAUACAAUUCAGCACAUUUUGGCCACCGUAGAAUCUUAUACAAAAUACUUUGGGCAUUUCCCUACAUUGGCCCGCGAGUAUCUCCGCGUUUUAUUGGAUUGUUGGUCGGAUAUUGCUCUUUUAGAGGAAACCAGAUCUGCCUGUUAUAAAGCCAUGAAAUAUCUCGGUACAGCCGCUGUUGACAGCAACCGUAGAAACUACAUGCCUAAUGUACUGAAAGGUGUAUAUUUAGUAUUCGCCCACCGUGCCACAAACAAGAUUACGGAAACUAGUUUACCGGUAUUGCAACAAAUGUUGGAAGAAGCAGCCGAUAUUUAUAGCAUCGAUUUUCGUCUCAGUCACGAACAUGCUCAUGUCUAUAUCACUCAGUUGGCAGAUCAUUUGAAAAUUGCCAAAAAGCGACAAACAGUAGAAAGCUUCAAGCAGAUUUACACAUGGCAGUAUAUCAGUUGUCUUGAUUUUUGGACGAACGUAAUUUCAGUGACGUGUGACCCCACAGUUAUGGUUAUGGCCAAAGCAGGAGCAGAAUCACCCAUGCAAGCGGUUGUCCAGCCUUUAGUUGAUCUCAUUCUGCUUACCAUCCGUCUGAAUCCUACAGCACAAUUUUUACCCUUACGUAUUCAUCUUCUUCGAACUCUGAUUUCACUUCUUGAUGCAACAGGUAUUUAUGUACCUCUAGCUUCUCAUAUGUUUGAAAUUUUGAACAGUGAUUUGUUCAAAUCCGGUCACAAUUACCCAGCCGUAGACGAUCUGCCCAAGUUGAACUGGGAAUUACAUUUAAAGACACCUAAAGUAUAUAUACAGACAAAAAAUUAUCAAGACAUAGUGUUUGAGACGGCCUACGAUCUGAUAUUGGAUUAUUACGCUUGUCAAGGUUUAUCCAUUGCUUUUCCUGAGCUGGCCAUUCCUGCAGUUCAUAAGGUAAGACAACCAUUGCGAUUAUAAUGAUAUUUUAUUUUUAAUGCUAAAGUAUAAUCCUUGUCGUUAGUUGAAGGAAUUCCUGAACAAAAUAAAAGGAACACGUUUCGCUAAGUCAAUGCGUACGUUAGUGGAAAAGAUGGACCAGCAUAAAAAUUUUAUAGAGCAGAAAAGAUCAAACGUUGAUUAUACCCCCACUAAAUUAGACGAAGUCAAUGCUUUUCUAAGAACUACAGAUUUUGAAAGGACGCCUUUGGGUGCGUUUUUAGCUUCAAGAAGAAAAUAAAGCACCUGGAAGAUUUAAAUAUCGAUCAAUUUGUUGAUAUGAUAGUUGACGAGAUACUGUAUUUUUCCUUGAAAAUUGCAAUGCAAUGGACAUUGUUUGAAGAAAUAAAUCAGCGGUUUUUCAAUUUUACACUUUAAUGCGUGCCUUUAUGCUUAACUUACUAACUUUUUGUUG